CGCGGUAUCGCGUAUAGAAGGAUGUUGUUUCUGCUGUUUGUCUUACACAUCCUACACAUCCUACACACCACGAUCGGCAUCUGAAUGAUAGACAUCGAUGCAAUGGCAGAGCGAUUUCAAAACAUCCAACAUGAGACGGACAUAUCUCCUCCAUGGGGAGCUUUCCCCGCGGAACAGUAUCUUAUUCGUCAUUGGGAUUUCUCAUCAACGCUAUCCGCAGCUGACCAACGGCGUGAUUUGGUUCGAGCCUAUCUCCAGCUUGACUCAAUUCCUAAAGACUGGGAUGCAACAGGUCGGGUCUACCUAGCCACUACGCUCGCACGUAUUCCCACAGAACAUGAGAUACGUGAGAUUCUUGCACCUUGGCGAUCUCUUCGCUGGCGUGAGGCCGCCCUACAUCUAUGGCGGGAUCGUGGCGAUGAAGAGAUCUGGCUACGCACGUACUAUGGUCGAGGCUCGGAUGAAAAGUUCCACGAAUUUCGGGAGACCGAUGAGGAUUAUGACCCCGCCUUUGAGGAGCAUUGUCGCACAUGGUCAGUUCUCGAUGAUCAAGCUUUGUUCGAGGGUGACUGGUCUGCCGUAUUUGAUGUGCUACCUGAGCUGGCAGGCCCAACACCGAAUUAUGAUCCAUAUGCCCACCGCCAUCUAGGAAAUCCCGAUGAGCUCGAAACAUUGCGCCAAAAGUUGCGUGAGCCAGUGGCCUCGGCUCUUCGACUCGAAUGGGAGGGUAACACAGCCGAGCAGCUGAAGGUUGAUGACAUUGAAGCUGGUGACGCAGGCAUGGCGCUACAGGCAAGUGUUGUCGCAAGCUUCCUCUUCGUCGCCGACGCCGAGACUUUUGAGACGGGGAAGCUGCGGCUCUUGUAUCUUGAUGCGCGAGGUAAUAUUGUGCGCGAGACACGGGUGCCGUGCACAGAAACGUGGGAGAUGCGGGACGCGUGGAACGCGAAGAAGUUUCGGGACAGUGCGUUCUGGAAUGACCGGGACAGGAGUGAAUGGGGUGUAGCAAACGACCCUGGAAGUGUUCUGGGUGAGAAGUACAAGUUCUCAGGAGAGAUUGGGCGUGUGCUUUACGAACUGGAUUAAACCCAAUUUUUGAACUCUCGUAUGCCGUAAGUAAGAUACAGACAUGCAGAGCAUUUACAUUUGAUAAUCCACAGCAUAGAUCUGCUAGAGUCUGUGCACUCGCUCGAAUGGUCUUUGAAGGUGCUAGAAAGCCUCAAUAUUAAACUGCGUGUG